AUUGUCAUCUUCCCGGGACAUUCCACCACAUGGGAGGGAAGGCUUGGUCUCCCUCUGCUGGCCCAGCUGUUAAUGACAGGAUACGACCGAGCCUCUCAGACUAAACAGUCCAAGGUUCAAUUGCUGGCACUGAAGGAAGGGAAACUCCAAAGCAUUCUUCCUCCCGAUUAUUAUCUGCAACCGCUGUGAGAAUGCUGUACAAAGGGACUCUGGUGCAGGUGACGUCGUCCAACCUGCUGCCCUUGCUGCUGGGCAGUGUCGGGCUUGUCCUUUUGUACAGACUGCUGCAGCGGAUGAAGGAAAAAUCCUACGUCCAGGAUGCCGUGGUGGUGAUAACAGGAGCCAGCUCUGGCCUGGGCAAAGAUUGUGCGAGAGUCUUCCACGCAGUCGGUGCAAAGCUGGUCUUAUGUGGCCGGGACAAGCAGAAACUGGACGAACUCACGAGGGAGCUGGCGGGAUCGGUAAAGGGCAAGAGAAAGACGUACACGCCUCAGGUGGUCACCUUUGAUCUGACGGAUGUGGACACAGUGAGCAUCAGUGCGGAAGAGAUUCUCAACUGCUAUGGCCACGUGGAUGUGCUCAUCAACAACGCCGGCAUCAGUUACCGUGGCAACAUUCUGGAAACUGCUGUGAGCGUCGAUAAAGACGUGAUGAAUGUCAACUACUUUGGGCCAGUUGCUUUAACAAAAGCCAUCCUGCCCUCCAUGAUACAGAGAGGAAAGGGGCACAUUGUGGCGAUCAGCAGUGUCCAAGGGAAAAUAGCAAUCCCGUUUCGAUCAGCAUAUGCAGCAUCCAAACACGCCACCCAAGCCUUCUUUGACUGUCUGCGUGCAGAGCUGGAGCAGUACCAAAUUCUGGUGUCCAUAAUCAGCCCAGGAUAUAUCCACACCAACCUUUCUCUAAAUGCAGUCACAGGCGAUGGAUCCAAGUACGGCGUAAUGGACAAGAGUACGGCCGAGGGAUACGAGCCUCGUGUUGUUGCUGAGGCCGUUCUGGCGGCGGUGUGCAGGAAGAAGAAGGAAGUCCUGAUGGCAGGGUUCAAGCCCACGCUGGCCGUCUACUUACGCACCCUGGUUCCAAGUCUCUUCUUCCCCGUCAUGGCAGCAAGAGCUAAAAAGGAGCGCAAGAUGAAGGCUCAUUAAUCCCACCUUGGGCCUCCCUCACAAGCACUCCUGCAGUCGGUCAAAAUGCUAUACGGUGCUUACCUGGGUCCAGUUAUCACCCCGUGCGUGUCUACUGUGUUGGGUUUUCAGACUCCUGGGCCAGGGUUUGCAGGUUUCACUGAAACCAGGGUCAAUUAGGUAGAAUUGAAUGUUCAAAUUAAAAAAAAACAAUUUGUUUUGACAGAAUCCAGUUUGAAAAUCAGUGCAUAACUGAAAGACAGGUGAAUGAAACAUAUGCAUCACAACGCUGUCAGCAGUGAAUUUGAACGCGUUAUUUUUAUAAUACCAGCACAAUAAUCAAGCUUAGUUUGAAAGGAACCAGCGUGCUAAUUAAAAAAAAAAUGCACAAAUCAAACGUGUAAAACGUGAGGUGCCUGUGUUGCUAAAAUAUGGAUCAUGAUAGACAUGACAUUGAUUUCACCGCCUGUAACUGCUGCGUCAGUGGAAAGCCAGACGUGUGUGCUCAGGUGUUCAACUUUGUUCUAGGUGAAACAUAAACCCAGUUUGAGUGAGUCGGGCCCUGGGCCAAACCGCUCCAGAGACUUUCAUCUGAUUUGUGAUUGCCAUUAUUUAUAGCAUCAUCCUAAGUGAAACAAUACCCUGGUUACGGAGUAAACGCACCUGAAAAUAUUUAAGUGUACUGUUUACAAAUUAUUUCUGUGACAGCAAAUAAAAAUGACGGAUAAAAGUUUGAUUUUUGACAGAAAGGAAAGACCUGUCGCUCUGGUUAUUUUGUGCUAAGUGUAUGUGUGUGACUGUACAUGAAAGAAUAAAAGUUGGUUAUAAAAUA